UCUCCAAGCAUGAUGCCUGCAAAUCCAAAAGACGUCGAUGGAUUAAAAUAUCACAAUCAGAAGUCUGAUCGCGCGGGAAAGUCAACUGAUUUAGUAAAAAACGGUUUACCUCAGGCUGCCGGUCCAUUGCCAGCAGGGGGUGUGCGAGAAGAGAGCAGGCGAGCCCUGUCCCGUCGAGUGAGUUACCCGAAUGUAUCUGGUGCACACCACACUGACAAGCAAUCUGAAAAUGCCAGGAAAGAGAGCUCAUCCAGCCUGCCGGAAAGGUUG